AUUCCUGCCUCCAUUAAAAAACAAACAAACAAAAAAACAAUUAUCCCUUUCGGUUUUGAUUUCGUUUCCCAUAAGCCCCACCACUUUUAAUAACCAGCUGGCUUUUCAGCUUUUUUUUUUUUCCCCGCUUCUGAGCAUGAGUCCGUUUGCAGAGGAGCCAGAAGCAGGAAGAGCCCUAGUAGCCAGCCAGAGCAACUGACUUGACCCCCAGCUGCAGCUCCAGCUUCCCAUGGCAUCUGGAUCCACCAUAAUGGACCCCAUCUGUCUGGUAAGAAACCAGAACAAUCAGCUGACAGUCAAUCCUAGAGCACUAAAGAUUCUCAAGCAGAUAUCUCAGCCUGUGGUGGUGGUGGCCAUCGCAGGGCUGUAUAGGACCGGAAAAUCCUACCUGAUGAACCGCCUGGCAGGACGGAACCACGGUUUCCGUCUGGGCUCCACAGUGAGGUCUGAAACCAAGGGCAUCUGGAUGUGGUGUGUGCCCCACCCCUCCAAGGAGAACCACACCCUGGUCCUUCUGGACACUGAGGGUCUGGGUGAUGUGGAGAAGGGGGAUUCCAAGAAUGACUCGUGGAUCUUUGCCCUGGCCGUGCUCCUGAGCAGCACCUUUGUCUACAACAGCAUGAGCACCAUCAACCACCAGGCCCUGGAACAGCUGCACUAUGUGACUGAACUAACAGAGUUAAUCAGAACCAAAUCAUCUCCCAGCUCUGAUGAGGAAGAAGGCUCAUUCGAGUUUCUGAGUUUCUUUCCAGACUUCAUCUGGACUGUGCGGGAUUUCACAUUGGAACUGGAGUUAGAUGGAUUCCCCAUCACUGAAGAUGAGUACCUGCAGAAUGCCUUGAAGUUGAUUCCAGGCAAGGAUCCCAAAAUCCAAAAUUCCAACAUGACCAGAGAGUGCAUCAGGAAAUUUUUUCCAAAAAGAAAGUGCUUUGUCUUUGACCGGCCUACAAAUGACAGAAAGCUAUUACUCCGUGUUGAGGAACUAUCAGAUAACCAAUUGGAUGUGAAUUUCCAGAAGCAGUCAAAAGAUUUUUGCUCAUAUAUCUUUACCCAUGCAAAGCCCAAGACCCUAAGAGAAGGAAUCACUGUCACUGGAGGAGGGUUGGGGACUCUGGUGGAGGCCUACGUAGAUGCCAUCAACAGUGGAGGAGUUCCCUGUUUGGAGAACGCAGUAAUAACUCUGGCUGAGCGUGAGAACUCAGCAGCCGUGCAGAAGGCAGCUGAUCACUACAGUGAGCAGAUGACCCAGCGACUGAACCUUCCCACAGACACGCUUCAGGAGCUGCUGGAGGUGCAUUCAGCCUGUGAGAAGGAAGCCAUUGCCAUCUUCAUGGAGCGCUCCUUCAAGGAUGACAAGCGGAUGUUCCAGAAGAAGCUCGUGGACAUCAUGGAGAAAAUGAAGGACAGUUUCAUGAUCCAGAAUGAAGAGGCUUCUGUCAAAUAUUAUGAGGCUGAGCUUAAACAGCUUUCAGAAUCCUUGAUGAAAAGUAUUUCAGGAGGCACAUUCUUUGUCCCUGGAGGACACAGUCUCUAUAUAGAAGCAAGGAACAAGUUUGAACAAGACUAUAAACUGGUUCCCAGGAAAGGAGUUAAG